CAUCUUUGAAAAGUAGGACCCACAAAAAUCAGAGAAAAGCAUGGAAGCUGAAGGCUAUCUUAUCCUGGAUAACAUUUCUACUUCCACUCCACACUCCCACCGGCCGGUGACACAAACCGGAACCAAAAAAAAACCAAAAUGGCGUUCUCACCGUCGUUAGGAUCUUCCCUCUUCGCUCCAAAUCCUAACAGAACCAACCGUUUCCCUAGAUUCUCUCCCUCUCCCGCCAAUCCCAAACUCCCACUCUCAACCGCAUUCGCCAUUCCCCCACUCUCAACCGCAACCGCCGCCGACGUCACCGGCGCAAUCGACGGGACCACACUCGCUGUAGUCAGCGGAGGCUUCGUCGCCGGCCUUGCCGCUCUCCUCUCCCUGACAGACCCCGAGAGACGGCGGCAGACCCAGGCCGAGGAGGUCGGCGGCGGCGACAAGGAAGUGGUGAGGGAGUAUUUCAACAACAACGGCUUCCAGCGCUGGAAGAAGAUCUACGGUGACACUGACGAUGUCAACAGGGUUCAACGAGACAUCAGAGUGGGCCACGCCAAAACGGUUGAGAACGUUCUUCAAAUGUUGAAAGAUGAAGGCUCUCUGAACGGAGUUACUGUCUGUGACGCUGGUUGUGGCACCGGUUCUCUGUCUAUUCCCCUCGCCAAGGAGGGAGCUGUUGUUCUUGCCAGUGAUAUCUCCGCUGCUAUGGUCUCUGAGGCUGAGAAAAAGGCGAAAGAUGAACUUGUAGGGAGUGCGAAUGGGGCAGUGAUGCCAAAGUUUGUGGUGAAGGACUUAGAGAGCUUGGAUGGCAAGUAUGACACGGUGGUAUGUCUGGAUGUUUUGAUUCAUUACCCGCAAAGUAACGCAGAUGGGAUGAUUGGGCACCUUGCAUCGUUGGCGGAGAACCGAUUGAUUCUGAGCUUUGCCCCGAAGACGUUUUAUUAUGAUCUGCUGAAGAGGAUUGGAGAGUUGUUCCCUGGACCUUCAAAGGCAACAAGGGCAUAUCUUCACUCUGAGGGAGAUGUGGAGAGGGCAUUGCAAAAGGUUGGGUGGAAGAUAAGGAAGAGAGGCUUAAUCGCUACUCAAUUUUACUUUGCUAAGCUUGUUGAGGCUGUUCCUAUGUAGUGCAGAAAGAUUAGAGGAAGGAUAAAAAUCUUCCCUCCCAAAAUUGUGUCUCAUUUGUCUGUCCCACCAACAAGAUUUUGCCAUAUAUCAACUAAAAAGUAUUCAUGUAUGUUUGUAAUCAUCUCACCUAUGUCUUCUUCAGUGGCAUGCAAAUACAGGUAAGAAGGGAAAUGGAACAGAAAAAUAGAGACAGAAAAUUUUCAUCCAUUAGAGGAAGUUCCUAAUGUAAAUUGUCAGGCAUAUUUUUGUGUGCUUUUGCAUGCUCUCCUAUGGUUCAUUGCAAAUAAUUAUAUCAUUAUGUAUAUUUCUUCUUAGUGUAGAAGAUGCUGAUGUAUUAUUUUCUUAAUUUCAAAUUGAAAUUCAAGUUUGAAACUGAA